AUGCUGAGCAGCACGGUCCUCAGCUUGCUAUCUCUAGCAGCCUUAUGGUUCGACCCUGCCACCACGGAAAAGAAGACCGAGUCCGGCUGCGAUGCACUCAAGCAUGCCUUUCCUGACAAGACCUUUUACCCAAAGGACGCAGUCUACGAGUAUGAGUCGCAAGAUUUCUGGUCCAACAAUGAGAUCCUAGACCCAGCUUGCGUCUUCCGCCCUACCAGCGCAAAGCACGUUGCUGAGGCAGCCAAGUUGAUGGGUGCCGGUCAUACAUCCUUUGGUCUACGUGGAGGCGGACAUAUGGCCAUCGCAGGCGCCAACAAUAUCGAUGGAGGUCCGCUUUUCGUCAUGUCCAAUAUGACAACCCUUGAGUUGGCCAAAGACAAAGAGUCGGUUUGGGUUGGACCUGGCUUGGAUUGGGGUCAAGUUUAUCGCUAUCUAGCGCAGCACAAGCUCGCAGUUGCUGGUGGUCGUCUUUCUGCAGUCGGUGUACCAGGUCUGCUUCUGGCGGGAGGUAUCAACUUCCAUGGGAACCAACGAGGAUGGGCAGCGGAUAAUGUGCUCGAAUAUGAGCUUGUGCUCUCCAGCGGCAAGAUCAUAUCAGUCACUUCAAAGUCACAUCCGGAUCUCUUUUGGGCUCUCAAGGGCGGAUCUAACAACUUUGGCAUUGUCACCAAGUUCAAGCUCGCCACGUUCCCAUCGGAUCAGAUUUACGCUGGUAUCUACAGUGUCGCUGAUAUACCUGGGUUCUUGAAGGCUGUGGCAAAUUUCUCUGCCUUCAAUACUGACCCCCUCGCACACAUUGUUCCUCAGGUGAUUGCAGUUGAUGAGGAGACGACUAUUGGCGGUGCAAUUCUCUUCUACGACAGCGAUUCAGAUCCGGAACCUGAGUGCUUCAGGCCAUUCUUCGACCUUCCCGCUAUUUCUAACACGUUUGAGACGAAGACUCUUGCCGAGUUUUCGGAUGAGACUGGCCAGCUCGUGACUCCGAAGAUCAACGACCAGUUCAUCGCCGGUACCACUACGGGUAAAACAUAUGAGGAGCUACUCGAGGGAAUACAGCUUGUGAACGAUGGCUUCCUCAACGCUCUUCCCGACUUGUACAAGGUCCUCCCCGCCAAGGACCGUGUGCUCAUUUCUGUUGACUGGCAGCCUGUGGGAUCUCUCUGGACAAAGGCUUCUAAGAAGUACAACCCUGGGGGUAAUGCCCUGGGCUUGGAUAUCGUGAAAAAGGGCACAUACAUCGCUUGGGCAGAGGUUGUUGAGUGGAGUGGCGAUGAGCAUAAUAAUGCCGUAUUCAAGUGGAUUGAGGACACGACGUGGGCAAUUGCUAAUGCCACGCAGAAGGCUGGCCUAUAUGAUCCUUUCACCUACAUGGGAGACGCAGCCGGGUUCCAGAACAUUUAUGAUGGCUAUGGGAAGGAGAAUAAGCAGAAGCUGCUUCAGAUCUCUCGCAAGUAUGAUCCUUCUCGGAUCUUUCAAAAGUAUUGGCCAGGUGGCUUUAAGAUUGGACAGUAG